UAUCACAACACCCAAUCCUCACCUUGCUUCUCUCUCCUUCUUCCCCCCCUCUCUCUCUAAAACACACACACACACACGCAGUGGCAGAAGGAUCCUACAGUAUACUGCAUGAUCAUCAUUGGCAGCACAAAAAACCAUGAAUAUUAACAGAUUCAGCAGCAACCAUUUUGCAAGAGAAUCAGAGAAUUCAUCCUCGCCUGAAAACAGCGAAGAUUCUCCCACCUCCGCCAUGGCUAAAGAUCUCAAGAUCACCUCUAAGCUAAGACGUUCCGCCGUUAGGAAAAAAGUGAUGUCGGUGCCGAUCAAGGACAUCGAGAGAUUGCGAUUGAAAGGCGACCACGUCAGCGCUCCGCCGUCGGAUUCGUGGGCGUGGCGGAAAUACGGCCAAAAACCCAUCAAAGGUUCCCCAUAUCCUAGAGGUUAUUACAGAUGCAGCAGCUCAAAGGGCUGCCCUGCAAGAAAGCAAGUCGAGAGAAGCAGCGCCGAUCCAAACAUGCUAAUCGUCACGUAUUCUUGCGAGCACAACCACCCUCCGCCGUCUUCUCGCAACAUCCACCACCGUCCGCCGCCGCCCGCUAUGUCAGUUUCAGAAGAAGAGCUCGAAGAGGAAGAAGAAGAAGAAGACGAAUACGACGAAGAGGGGGAGAAACCUAGAGAUCUUGUUCAUAGCCAAUCUCAAGAACUCAUUUUAGAUAACAGAUUUGAAGGGAAUUUGAUUUGUGGCGGCGAAUUUGGAUGGCUAACCGAUUUCGAAUCGACAUCUUGUAUGAUUCUUGAGAGUCCGAUUUUAAUGGAGGAGAGAAGGAAUACAGAUAGAGAAAUGGCGAUGAUUUUCAGCAUGAGAGAGGAGGAGGAAGAGGAUCUCUUCGCGGGUCUCGGCGAGCUGCCGGAGUGCUCGACGGUGUUCCGCCGUGGCAUGGCGCAGAGGGAGGCGGAGGCUGGCCACCACCGGCUGAGGGGCGCCAUGUGCGGGGCCCGUAGAUAGUGGAUUUGUCUCUGCAAUUAAUUUAAGUGAAUCAUUUUUAAUUAAAUCUGAUUUCUGUGAAAAGAAAAAUGAUUAAUUUAUUGUUGAUUGAAUUUUUUCUUUUGUACAA